AUGGGAAACAAAGGAGGGAUGAAAGACUCAACGUCUCUCUUGUUUACUACUGGUGCUCUUCUUGUAGUAAUAGCAUCCUUGAGUUUUCCACUUCUUGCUGAUGCGGAUUCUAAACCUUCACACCAUGGAGUAUAUGUGUCUACACCACCACCACCAAAGAAGCCAACCUAUGUGCCUAAACCACCACCUCAUAAACCAUAUUAUAUGCCUCCGAAAUCACCAAAGAAGCCUCCAGUAAAGCAUAUGCCUCCACCACCAUAUGCGCCAGAGGAUAUGCCUUCUACAGUCGAUACGCUUCCGGCGCCAGUGGUUUAUAAGGUGUUUAAGUCGCCACCAAUUGUUGUAACAAUACCAGGGCACCCGAAAUCUCCACCAAAGGGGAAAUCUCCACCACCGCCAAAGAUGAAGAAAUUAUUCCCACCACCACCACCAAAGAAGAAAUUCCCUCCCCCACCAAAGAAGAAAUUCCGUCCCCCACUUUAUUAA